GUACUACCUCAUCAUCUCGACGACGACUUUCGAAAUUUGAUUAAUUGCAUGCCUGUCGAUUACACGCACACCGUAAUUGCGCGAACUACGAGUAGCUGGCUUCUACACGAAGCUCGUACCUUUAUUUCUCAGGGAAUUCCGUCAACGCUCCGGACGUCAGCCUACGACAACUCGGGCAUUUGGUACGAGAUGUACACCAGCCUUAUCGAGAGAAUCAAGCGUCACAUCACUGAGAGCAAGCUCGCGGCUACGAAGUUCGAACUUAUAUAUAAGGACCAAUCCGCAUCCAUCUCUCUUAAAACCGACGCAGUCAUGGGCUUGACCGCCCUGACGGAGAUUCACGUUGCUCUCUAUAACGCCCUUAACCACGAAGAGUCUCGCCGUCUCGCCGUCAACGCCGCAAUAGAAAUAAUCAGUAUCUCUGACGGCCUCCCCAAGGACAGGUAUGACCUCCUGGACCACUUAUUCUUGGUGUGUUGGAAGACCGUCAGAGAAGUGCUGCAACAAGAACAAGCUCGCUUACUUGGCGCGAAUGCUGAUGAUACUUCAACACAAACGGCGGUUUACGCAGGGACUAUUCCAUCGUUGUUGACGGCUCUCCGAGAGUGCAUUCGACGCUUGAGGGCAGUGGCUCCGUUCGGUCAGCGUCCCCAGUGACUGUAAUUUGUACUGUGAUCCUCGAGUUUGUUGUACCCCACUCUCCAUACUUACUCCCCAUCUAUUAUGUCCCGACUUCUACUAAUAACCUCUAAUACCUGUAUAAUAUAAGUUUCAGGAUACAGAAC